GUGGAAAGAUAUUGUAUGGGUACUAAUUAUUUUUAUUCAAAUAUUAUAUGGUUUUAUUUUUUAUUCCAGGGAAACCAAAUUCUUUCAAAUCUAUCACCCGAUGAAUACUCAAGAGUUAUAAAGGUAUUAGAAGAUGCGAUCCUCUCCACUGAUCUGGCUGUCUAUUUUACAAAACGAGGAAUGUUCUUGAACCUUGUCAGAGAAAGAUCCUAUAAUUGGAGUAGGGAAGACCACAGAGAACUGCUGAGGGGAAUGACAAUGACAGUUUGCGAUCUUGCAGCCAUCACCAAGCCAUGGAAUGUUGAGAAGAGGAUAGCGGAACUGGUCACUAGCGAAUUCUUUGAACAAGGAGAUAUUGAAAGACAAGAACUCAACAUCACACCUAUUGACAUCAUGAAUAGAGAGAAAGAAGAUCAACUUCCAGCCAUGCAAGUUGAUUUCAUCGAUUCGAUAUGCUUACCUAUUUACGAAUCAUUUGCUGAACUUUCGGAAAAAUUGAGACCACUGGUGCAAGGUGUCCUGGUUAACAGAAAACAUUGGGAGAAAAUUGCCCUGGAGAACAAUCAGAAGAGGAAUGACCAUCAGAUGGAGGAGGAUGACUCUUAAACUCAGGCAUCUACAAAUCCUAUCAAUGCGGGCCAAGCUUCCAGGGAUUGACAGAAGCAUGAACCUUUGGAGAAGUUAAAGUUCCUGGAAAUGGUGUGUGAAUUUUUUCUUCCAGACCCCACCUAAACCUCUUUCUUUAAAGGUUUCUUUCUGGAAUAAUUUUUCCUAUGUGCAAAUGAAUGUAAUGUUAUGUACAGAACUGAAACGAAAGUAACAUACCAGUUGUAAGAAUCCUAUUUAUGUAGACAAUUCUUGUAUAUUAUGUGUAAUUGAUGAAUCCUGUCGAAUAGUAUUUUUUCUAUGAUAUUGAUCGAAAUAAGUUUUAAUUUAAUUGUUUUAUUUGUGAUAUGAACUGUUGUAAACUCUUUUAAUAUUUAACUGAAUUGAAAAUAAAUUAAUUCGAGUUAAUAGUAGUA